AUGUCUGGAAGAUGCAAAGGCGGCAAGGGACUCGGAAAAGGAGGCGCCAAGCGUCACUGUAAAGUUCUCCGCGAUAACAUCCAGGGAAUCACCAAACCCGCUAUCCGCCGUCUGGCUGCGCGGCGCGUGAAGCGUAUUUCCGGUCUGAUCUACGAGGAGACCCGCGGUGUCCUGAAGGUGAUCCUGGAGAACGUGAUCCGUGACGCAGUCACCUACACCGAGCACGCCAAGAGGAAGACCGUUACCGCCAUGGACGUGGUCUACGCUCUGAAACGUCAGGGACGCACCCUGUACUGUUUCGGCGGUUAA